AUGCUAUGUGUACAAGGUAAAGGCUGGUGGGCUGGUCUGUACCAAGCACGGCAAAGAUGCCUCCUUGGACCAAUAUUGGAAGGCCCUACAGCCCAUGCUGGAGCAGCUGCUGCAGUCACAUCCCGAACAAGGCAUCGCACUAGUAACCAGGCUCAUGGUGGAGGCUCUCAAGUCCGUUUGGAACAUAGUACAGGAACUCCUCCUAGAGCAGCUGCUACGGAAGUCGACUCUCCUGUCGAUCAUCGUAAACGUCUAGGGCUCCGACAACACAUCGACUGUUGUGAUCGGUGUGAUCGGCUCCGCCACCCAUUGGGAUGUCUACAGUCGAGUCCUGUUGUAUCUGAGGGUUACCUGUUCGGCAUUGGCUGGAGUCUAUACUAG